CUAUUCAAUAAUAUUUUUUAUUUGCAUAUAUUAGCAACUUUUGACAACAAAAAAAUUAUGUUUACUAUGGGCACGCAAUUACUCCAGUGGGGGCAGUAGACAGCCCUAUCCCCAAUUAACUUAAAAAUCAGAUACCUAAAUGAGCCAUGGCAUGAGCCAUGGCAUGACCAUCUUAAAAUAAUUCCAUAUGUAAGUUUAUAAUAUAAGGAUCUAUAUCUUGUUAAUUAUUUACAUUUUUGUCAUUUCACAGACGCUCUUAUCCGGAGCAACUUACAGGAACAAUUAAGGUUAAUUGCCUUGCUCAAGGGCACAGGCAUAUUUUUCAUUUAGUCUGCUUGAGGAUUUGAACCAGCAAGCUGGCCCAAUGCUCCUAACUGCUGGGCUACCUGCCACCCUAAUUAAUAACUGUUAAAACAUAUUUUAAAAGUUGUUUGAAUAAUUGUCCAUAUAUAUUAUGAUUAAUGAAUGACGAGAAAGCUAUUUAUAAAUGACUCAUUUACGGAUUAUUUCUGGAUGAUGUUAAAAAGUUUUACAGAGUAGUGAAAUUAUUUCAGGAAGUAAAUAGUCAAACAACUUCCUGCACUACACACACUAACACACACUCAGAGUGGUUCUCAUACACACUGCAGGAGCAGAUCUUCCUGUACUGGGGUGGUAACUGGACAUAGAAGUAUUGAGGGGACUGGAGUAAACAGGGUGUACAGGGUCUAAAGAGACUUGAACUAGCUGGGAGCCACAAGUCAUCAUGGUUAUCCUGCUGGUCCUCACACUGAAGGUUGUCCUCCUCUUAGCUGCUAUGUGGAGUGUGUGUUCAGCAGAGUUGAUCACAGUGGAAGGAUAUGAGGGGGGCAAGGCAGAGAUCAGAUGCCCCUAUAGAGAGGAGUGGAGGAGCCACCAGAAGUACCUCUGUAAAGGGGAUUGUCCUGUUUUUAAUAAAGACAAAGUUAUUAAGACUGAGGCAGGGGAAAACAGUGCUUCUAACGGGAGAUACUCGCUGAAGGACAACAGAGAGGAAAGUGUCUUCAUUGUGACCAUCACCAACCUGACGUUUAAUGAUGCUGGGAAAUACUGGUGUGGAGUGGACACAUGGGGACAAGAUAACUACAUUAAAGUGAACCUUGAAGUCUCUGAAGAUUGGUGUUGUGAAAACCCAGCUGAAGUGACAGGCUCUGAAGAAGUGACAGGCUAUGAAGAACAGUCAGUCUCCAUCCAUUGUAUGUAUAAUGAAAAAAAUGAAGACAAUGAGAAAUACUUCUGCAAAGCGAAUACACUAUCUAAGUGUCUAGUUGAUGUAAAAGUGACAACAACCAAAAGCCAGAACGGGAGGUUCUCACUGUUCGACAACAGGACAGCCGGAGCAUUCACCGUGACCAUCACCAGACUAACCCAAGAGGAUGCUGGGAGAUAUCUCUGUGGUGUACAGAACAACCACACAACCAAUACCCUGUCAGCAGUUCAGCUUGUUAUCAAGACUGACUCCUCAGCACCCAGGGUGAACACAGACACUGGGAUCAACAGAGAGGGUUGUCAUGGUGAUGGUAACUAUGAGGAGAUAGAGGACUGCCCCCUACAGUUCAGUUCAGGUGGUGAGACCACCACCAUCUAUGCCACCGCCAACUUACCCACAAGCACCUCUGACUCUCUCAACUACGCCAACGUCAACUUCCACAAGGUCCCCAGCUGCCCCAAAGAGGCCACUGUCGCCAUCGCUAAAGAGGGCACUUCUCCUGGUUACUAUGCCACUGUCAAUCAUCCACACAGCACCUCUGAGGCUCCUCCCAUCUAUUAUACAGUCAGCAAACCCAGAGAUGCCUGAGUCACUGACAACCAAUCACAAGGGACAUAUACACACGGGCAACAAAUCAUAAGUGACAUGUUAUUAUAAUAGUUAGAACUAUAUGUUCCACCGACAAUUUUUAGAAAACAGCUACAAGAUCAGGGCCUGAGUUCCCGAUAGCGAUGGAACUUAGGCUUACAAGUGUUUUAACAAUGCAUAGUUCUUACAACGGCCGAAUAUGUAUCUUGCGUUUUCUAAAACACCAAACAGGGAGAACAUUCGCGAAGUGAUUCAUUGAAGAACAUUUACACAUACUCAGAACAUUGCUUGGUGUAAUGGUGCUGCUAGUGAUAUUGAACAUGCUAGUGAUAUACAACAUGCUAGUGAUAUACAACAUGCUAGUGAUAGACAACAUGCAAGUGAUAUACAACAUGCUAGCGAUAUACAACAUGCUAGUGAUAUACAACACGCUAGUGAUAUACAACAUGCUAGUGAUAGACAACAUGCAAGUGAUAUACAGCAUGCUAGUGAUAUACAACAUGCUAGUGAUAUACAACAUUUUUUAUUUUUUUUUAUUCAUCCGUUAUUUUACCAGGUAAGUUGACUGAGAACACGUUCUCAUUUGCAUCAACGACCUGGGGAAUAGUUACAGGGGAGAGGAGGGGGAUUAAUGAGCCAAUUGUAAACUGCUAGUGAUAGACAACAUGCUAGUGAUAUACAACAUGCUAGUGAUAUACAACAUGCUAGUGAUAGACAACAUGCUAGUGAUAUACAACAUGCUAAUCAGCCCCUCCAGGAUAAAAACUUUUUUAAAGUGAUUUCCAAAAAUCUGAAAUUCUGAAUUUUUUUAAAUGUUAAUUUCAUAUAAAGCAAUAAAAAGUUAUGUGCUCAG